CGAUACUCUACAGCGGGGUACUAAGGCACGUCGUGAGAAUUUAGUCUCCUCUUGACACUGAUUCGGCCACGAGAACGACGAUCAUAGCGCAGUGAAAAGAACAGCAUGGGCAGGGUUGAUAAUAUUUGCUCCAACACCACAUUGAUCAUUUCUACUCUCUUAAAGAAUACAGCAUAAUGCCCAAGGUCUCUCAAUGGAAGCAACGAAGCGACGGCCUCUGGAGCCGGCCGCUCAUCGGACCUGAGCGCAUGUUCGACCAGUGGCUCGAGAUCGAUGGUUGGACCGAAUGGAUGGGCGCUGUCAUCUUCACAAUUGCUCCGUCUUACGCGUCCCAGCUCAACAACAAAGCCCAUGUUGAAACUUGGUUCAGCAAAGCGGUAUCGCGUGUUUGCCUUGAGAAGCCUUCCCUCCUGGCAGUCAUUGAGCGUGGCCAAGAAGAGUCGGCGGUCGCCAAGUCUAGAAGCUUCGUCUACCGUCCUCUCACAUCAAACAGUGACUUCUCCGAGAGGAUUAAGCAGAGGACUACCGUUCUGCAUACCGACAAGUCAGCUCAAGAGGGCUUGAAGUUACUCACGGACAACUUCUACUCGACCCCAGAGAAGCGCAUCAGCCUUGAGCUGGGGGACCAUCUAAUCCACGUAUCACUCGUUGUUUCGUCCGCUGAAGCAGGGACUUUUGCCCUUACAAUGCGCUGCAAUCAUGCAUUGAACGACUUUUGGAGUGGUGCGGCGAUUCUUAACAAUCUUCUAAGCAAGCUUGCAGACGGCAUUAGCACCAAGGUGCUAUCGCUUUCAUUCAAAGAUGCAUCUCACUCUUCUCUACACCCUUGUUAUCUUGACUUUCUCCGUGUUCCUAUUGGAGACACUCCGUUGAAUGCUGAAUCUCAAGAGAAGGCAGCUCAGCUUCUUGGUGCCAACCUCGGCAACAUCACUCUGUGCCCUAUCUCGCAGGAACCAGCAAAAGACCGACCUGACACCGAUUAUUCCGUGAGAAGGCAGGUUUUGUCACAAGAGACGACGCAAAAGAUCUUCAAGAUCUGUAAGGCGCAUGAGGUUACUGUGACGGCACUGCUCACGGCUUUGCAAGCUCUUGCACUCCUCAAAACCUUUCCGCCAGAAGAUAUGUCACGAACCACGGCGGCACCUAUUUGUGUGAGCAAUAGGCUGCGGCAGACAUCGCUCGGUGGCAAUCAUGAUCAUUCAACUUCUUCCAAGACAGCAUUGAGCGAGAUAUGUACAGAAACAGCUUACAUUGGGCCCGUCAUGGCGACUACUUUCCUUGUGUCGCCCUUUGACGUCAGUGCGUAUCUGAAGAACCAGGAUGUUGCUUUAGGGAGUGAAAACUGGCGCAAGAUCGUUUGGGAAAUUGCCGAGAAUGUCGGUCGGGCGACGAAUGAGGCGGUCAAGAGCAAUAUGAGUGAACAUGUGGAUUGGACUCAAGGCCCAGCUGCCUUUGGUGGUGUUGCGCAUGCAAUGGAAGCGAUGAAAGCUGGUCUAUUGCCUUCACCGCCUGGUAUGUUUACUCCUCUAUCCUCAGCAGGUCUUUUGGACGGACUUCAUCUCCCGGGGUCAUACGGAUCUCUAGAUCCAAGUGAUAGGCCUGCCCUGAAGACUGACGACUUUUCGUUCUAUUCACGAGUUAGCAACUUGUUUGGACCUCAAACAUGGGCUUGGACAUUUUCAGGGAAACUAAACUUAAUUCUGGUGAUGCCUGAUCCGCGAGUGCGUUCAGUUCCGAAUAUUGAGUGGUGGAAUCUGUUUAAUGAGAUGGUUAUCAAAAUAGCGACCGAGAGGUCGUCUGACGUUAGUGCUGAGUAGAUACAGCUUACAAUACAAACCGCCUCGGCUAUAGUGAUUCCAUCAUGUAGGGCGCACUUUUAAAGCCCGAUCGCUAUCCGGUGAUAGUGAGAUAUUUAUCGUGUAAUGGCGUAGCAUUGGCGCAAUUCGGUAUGUAUGAUUGGCUCACCUCCAGCAUAAAGGUCUGACAAUCUGACUCAAGGCAACACUUGACAGUCAAGAAUAC